AACUUAUUCUGAAACCUAUUCAUGGUCACUGCAGAACAGCUUGAUUUUAUAUUAUCUUUAUCAUCGUAGCUCAGAAUCCGGCAUCUUCAAACUCCGAACAUGGCAUCAGUUCGAAUCUUCGGCACCUUCCUCGUCAUCGUUCUAGCCUGUUCAGUUGGUAUCUUGGCCCAGACACAACCCAAUCAACCUACAACUGUAGCUCCACCGAAUCAACCUACAACUGUAGCUCCACCGAAUCAACCGACACCUGCUCCUUCUCCCGCCGCCAAACCUACACCGACUGCAAUCACCUCAGGGAGCAAGAGUGCUUCUUCCACGUCAGACUCUUCAGAAGAGGCUCCCGGUCCCGCUUCCUCUCCAAACCCAGCUCCAGCCCCGAAUCCAGCUCCGGCUCCAGGCCCCAACCCGGCUCCAGGUCCCAAUCCAGCCGCAGCAGUAGCAGCCGGUCCUGCUCGGAUAGCUCCAGCUCCCCUCGGCUCACACCUGAGAAGGAACACCUCAUCAAGUGCAGCUGGCGUCGCUGUUGCCGUAUUAGCAGCCGUCGGAUUCAUUGCAGGAGCAGUCAUCUUCGUCGUCAAGAAGUACAGACACAUUUCUCCCGCCUUAUUGGAAGCCUAGAUAAUGCCACAUAUAUAUUCAGGAAUUUUUUAAGAUAAGAAAAUGCUAAUACUAUAUGUAUCUCAUAAUUUUUUUAAUUCAAUAUUAGACGAAAUGAAAUAAUUCUGAAUUAAUAUAAGCAUGAGUUAAAGCUAUGCUCUCAUUAUCUUAUAUACGAAAUUUUCAUUUUAAAAAACAUACAAGGCCUAUAUAAAGUAAAUGGAUGGAAUGAUAACUUUAAAAUCAUAAUCUUUUAUUAACUUGAGUAGAAACUUAAGCUGUUACCUAAUUUUCGAGUGGUCCCUGCAAUACAAUCCUUAAAACUUGCGUAGAUGUCGUUUGGUAACAGAGUUUGGGUUAGAAUUUGCCAAAACUGGGCCGAAGCAUGGUCAAGAAUAAUUGACCAAUUUGUGUACAGAAAAUGCUGCUCAACAUUCGGUCAUAUUCAUACCGAUAUAUGUGGUCACAUUGGUCAUGUUGGUCAUGAUGUUGGGCUCACUUAACCAAAAAGAUGAAUGUUAAUUAUUAUAUUGAGAAACAAAACAUAUUGUUAACCGGAUAAGCAUACGAACCAAAGUUUGUUAAGCAUUGGUUAAACAUUGACCAACAAGUUUAAUAGUGGGUUCUAUUUCUGUCAGAUUUGACACUCAACACUCCAAGAUAAUGUGAUUUAAAUUAAGAUAUAUUGGGUGUUGUUGACGUCCGUUUUACAUUUUCAAUAUAAUAAGCAAUAUAACGAAGUCAAAUAUAUUAGGUAUAUAGUAACAUACAUCGUAGCAUAAUAUGAAUCAGUGCAAAAUUACCUCCGUUGAUUUCAAUAUUAAAGUAAAAUACAAUUUCGCACACUGUAGAAUCAAUUUGCACCGAAUGAAUAAUGAAAUUAUUAUAUCGGUUGAUUCACCCGAAACGGUGUGAAGAAGACAUUUACUUAACAAAUAACAUGCUGUUGAAAUUUUCGUCUUUCAGCUGCUUACUGAUUUUUAUCGUAUUAGUUCCAAAUAUCACUUUUCUUCUCAUUAUCUUGUAAUCUUAUGAUAUUAUAAUCUUCAUAUACGCUCACAUACUUUGGAAACAAACUUUGAUUAAUAUUCACUUUUAAAGUAAGUUGCAUCAUCGUGUUCUUGAUUAUAUUAUAUUGAUGAAUAAAUACAGUAUUGUUGCGACAAAAUGUCAAUCACUUUAUGAUAAAGAUAUUUAAGGAAAUAAAUAUUUGACCGCAUGU